UCCUCAGCCUCAACAACUUGCUACCUUCAUCCAUUCUCCCUGAAAAGGAGAGAAAGUGAAACAGCUGUCCUCUCGUCGGCUGAUGCAAACUGGCUUCGUAGAAUUUCCGAAAGUCCCUAUGCCAACAAGUCGUCGUCAUCGUCGCCACACAGCAUGUCACCAACGUCAUUGUCAUCUGCCAUCCCUGCUACUAUUAAUACUGCUACUGCUGCUGCUGCUCAAAAUAACUCUGAAACAAAUACGGGGACGCCUCAAUCAUUGAAGAAUGUCAAUAUACAGAAGCUGAAGGCUUUCUUCGGAGAGACAACCCCAAGAAUAAUAGAGGGAAAGGCAUUGUCUAGAUUUCAGUCAUGUUCUAUUGCCAAGGAUGAUUCCAGCAUAGAUCCAUUCACUGCAGAUUUUAAAAGAUUUGAUCAACAGCAGCUACAGCAGCAACAUCAGCAACCAGAAAACUUGAGCACCACAGGCAGGUGUUCCAGUGUCAGCAGUUCCUCGUUCAACCCGACAGACUGGGCCCUUGAAAAAAUGUCGAGGAGCAGACGGUCCGGGGGUGCCUGGGGCCCAUUGGUUAGGAGUGGCCAGCAACAGCAACAGGAUUAUCAGUCUCCCUCUGGCAGAGUCAACAAGAAAGGAAAUUCAAGCUAUUCGCCAAAGCAAUGCCAAAAAGAACACAAAACAUGGAAAGGGAAGAUGGUGCAGACAUUGAAAAGGUAUGGUUCAGGAACCACUCCUUCUGAUUCAACAUCUUCAGAGGAAUAUGUAGGUGCCAUGGGAGUUCCUUUGGAACACUGCAUUUCGUCGUUCGCUAAUGAAUACGUGCCUUUGAUAGUUGAGACAUGCACACGAAUUGUUGAAGAGAAGGGCUUGGAAAGUGUUGGCGUCUAUAGGGUCCCUGGAAAUUCAGGGGCUGUUAAUGCUCUCAUUGAGGAGUUAAACAAGGAUCCAGAUGGCCUGUGUCUGGAGAAUGAAAAGUGGCAGGACGUUAAUCUUGUCAGCAGUCUGCUCAAGUUGUUCUUCAGAAAGUUACCAGACUCUUUAAUCACUGAUGGUGAGUUUUGA